GUUGUGUUAGGUAACACGAGCUAGUACAGGUCAGCACCAACCGACUUUUUGCUUUGAACAACGAUUUAUUAUAUCUAUUUCCUAUUUUAACCUUACCUUUUAUAAUCUCUCUUCUUCUUUCUUCAUUUCAUUUCAUUUCAAUUCAAUUCAAUUCUAUCUUUGUGUCUACCAAACCCUCCUUUUCAUUUUCUAUUCCGUUCAUCGCCGCCGUAACGUAUCAAUCAUCCGCCAACAUGGAGUGGGUCGUUGGCGGAAAGUUUAAGAUUGGUCGCAAAAUCGGUAGCGGUUCAUUUGGUGAAAUUUAUAUAGCCUCAGAUAUGGAUACCUCUGAGGUCGUUGCCGUCAAAAUGGAGAAGAAGAGAACAAGGCAUCCACAACUAUUGUAUGAGGCCAAAUUAUACAGUCUUCUCCAAGGAGAAAGUGGUAUUCCAAGUAUGAGAUGGUGCGGUACUGAUGGAGAUCAUAAUAUUCUGGUUAUGGAUCUUCUGGGACGUAGCCUGGAGGACCUUUUUGUCUUCUGCGGGAGCAAGUUUACUUUAAAAACAGUUUUGAUGUUAGCAGACCAGAUGCUUUCGAGAAUAGAGUACAUGCAUUCCAAGGGUUUUUUACAUAGAGAUAUCAAACCAGAUAACUUCCUAAUGGGUAUUAGGAGAAAAUCAAGUCAGGUUUAUAUUAUUGAUUUCGGACUAGGAAAAAGAUAUCGGGACCCCAAAACAAGCAAGCAUAUUCCUUAUAGAGAGAAUAAAAGUUUAACAGGGACGGCACGAUAUGCAAGUUGCAAUACUCACUUAGGAAUCGAGCAAGGUCGUCGUGAUGAUUUGGAGUCUAUUGGCUAUGUCCUUAUGUACUUCUUAAGAGGAAGCCUUCCUUGGCAGGGUCUGAAAGCUGUCACCAAAGAGGAAAAAUAUGAAAAGAUUCGCGAGAAGAAGUUAUCAACUUCCAUAGAGAAGCUUUGCGAAUCAUAUCCCGUGGAGUUUGCGUCUUACUUUCAUUAUUGUCGCUCCUUGACAUUUGAUCAAGAUCCAGAUUAUGGAUUCUUAAAGCGUCUGUUUCGUGAGUUGUUCACUCGUGAAGGAUAUGACUAUGACAAUUUAUUCGACUGGACCAUCCUAAAAUAUCAGCAGACGCAACAGACAAGGAGACAAAAGCAAUCAUCGCCUUCGGAUGCCGUACCUAGUGCUGUGCCUAGCAGUCUACAACCAGUGGUUAUGGAAAAACAUACAGGAAUCAAUAAUUCACCUCAAGUUACCGUAACAAAACUGCUAACCAAUCUUGAUCGUCCAAAUGUGCGUGUGCAGCCUAAGCCAUCCAAUCUUAAGAAUCUAAAUGCCAAGAAUCAUACCGGAAAACAUAAUGUGAACAACGAUCCAUCCACUUCAUCCGCUUUGCCCAAAUCGACUGCAGAAAAUGUCUCCAAGCCUGAAAGGCCCACAGGAAGUUCAAACCUAGGUCGUGUAUUUGGGAAUAACUCCCAUAUUUCAAGCAGCUGGAUUCCUUCUUUACGGCGAAUAUCUUCUACCAAAUAGUAGUAUUUUGGAGGAGUCGGUUGGAGCUUCUUUUUUAUGUUCACUGUUGCAAAUAUCAUGCCGCUCACCUCACCAGAGGAAUUGUAGAUUAUAUUGACAACCAAGAUUCCUGACAUGAUUAACUUCCUUCACAUGACACCUUCCUAUCAAAUGUAAUGGCUUGUCCCACUUUAAGAGUUGGAGAGAGAGAAACUUCAAAGGUUUUAACAAUUUUGAAGGAGGUAUGCCGGUGGAUAAGAGACUCAGGGUCGUCUGUUGUAGACCUUAAAAUGUGAGACAAAGUCUGGCUGGUUUAUAUUUUCUCUAUAAAUUGCGAUGAGUCAAACAUGCAUGAAUGAGGGGAAGCCAUAAUUCUUCUUUUUGUAUUAGACAUUAUUUAACUUCCUUUUGAUUUUCUUUCAAGCAUUUAGCACACAAAUUUGUUUGUCUUUUCACGUGUACAGUUAGGUUUGCUAGCAUUCAAUUUGAUUGUAACCGUUCCCCAACUAAUUUAUUCACAAACCAAUCUGAUUCAUAUUUGAAACGAACAUUUUGUUGAA